AUGAAAGUCUUCUUAAUUCGUCACGGUCAAACAGAGCAAAACAAAGUCGGAAUUUUGCAAGGAUCUGUUGAUACAAGUUUGAGUGAAACCGGUCAACUCCAAGCGAAGUUGUUGGGCUCCAGACUUUCGAGUCUGGACAUUGAUCAAAUCUUCUGCAGCUCAAUGAAGCGUUGCCGCGAGACCAUUAGACCUUUACUUGAACUACGACCCGAGAUUCCUAUUGAAUAUUCAGAUUUGAUCAGAGAAAGGAUCUAUGGAGAACUGGAAGGAAUGAAUGUGGUUGAAGCAAAACGCCUUAUGGGUACCAAACACCCUGAUCAUUAUGGAGAAGGUUUUUCAAGCUUAAAGCGAAGAUUGGUAAAAUUUUGGGAGGAACAGGUUGUUCCUUUACGCGGGGAGAAAAAAUGUAUAGUUGUCCUGUGCCAUGGAGGUGUUAUUAAUGCUCUUCGCGCUCAUUUUAUGGAAGAAAAGGGAUAUACAUAUGAUAAUACUAAAUUGGAGAAGAAAAUUCUUACUGUCAACACUAGCAUUACAGAAGUCGAGGUUACUCCUGAAGGUACAGGACAUAUCUAUACUUUCGGAGACGCUGCUCAUUUAGAAUCAGAGGAACAUGGCCGUCUCAUUGUUUAG